CCGGUCUGGCGUCUGACGUCUCUCCCGCCACUGAAUCGGAAGUUCUGGGCUGCAGUUGAGUUGAAAUGGGCACUGGCGGGCGGAGCGGGCAGCGGCCGGGGAAGGCGAGCACGGAUGGCAUGACAGCCACUCCCAGUGCCUCUGCUUCCUGCCAGUACAGGUGCAUUGAAUGCAACCAGGAGGCUAAGGAGUUGUACCGAGACUAUAACCACGGUGUGCUGAAGAUAACCAUCUGCGAAUCCUGCCAGAAACCUGUAGACAAAUAUAUCGAGUAUGAUCCUGUUAUUAUCUUGAUUAAUGCUAUUUUAUGCAAAGCCCAGGCCUAUAGACAUGUUCUUUUCAAUACUAAAAUAAAUAUCCAUGGAAAACUAUGCGUGUUUUGUUUGCUUUGUGAAGCAUACCUGAGGUGGUGGCAGCUUCAAGAUUCAAACCAGAACACUGCGCCUGAUGACUUGAUCAGAUAUGCUAAGGAAUGGGAUUUCUACAGAAUGUUUGCCAUCGCAUCUUUAGAACAAACCGCCUAUUUAAUUGGCAUUUUCACCUUCUUGUGGGUGGAACGACCCAUGACAGCGAAAAAAAAGCCCAACUUCAUUUUGCUGCUGAAAGCGUUGUUGCUGUCCAGCUAUGGAAAGCUCUUGCUGAUUCCAGCCGUCAUUUGGGAACACGACUACACACCUCUGUGCCUCAAACUCAUUAAAGUGUUUGUCCUUACAUCAAAUUUCCAGGCAAUCCGAGUGACCCUGAACAUCAACCGGAAGCUCUCCUUCAUGGCCAUCCUGAGCGGCUUGCUGCUAGAAAGCACCAUGGUGUACUUCUUCCAGAGGAUGGAGUGGGAUGUGGGCAGCGAUUGUACCAUCUAUAAAUCCCAGCACUUUUGAAGAGCUUCAUUCAUCUUUACUAAGUGCCAUCCAUGCCAGCUAUAUCUGAAAAAAGAGAAGGCACGAACUAGACACCAAGCUCCAUGUAUCUGAUGAGUAAAAUGAAGCAAAGAUUUGGACAUGCUUCCCCAAAAGACAGCAGCGGAGAUUGAGUAAAACGCAAUCCUUACCCACCCACACGCAGCCCUAGGAAACAAACUAAGCCACAUGCGUACAGAUCCUCGGAGACGC